AUGGUUGGGGGGCUGCUGCUCCUCCACGCCGCCGCGGGCGUGGUUCUGAGCUCGUACCUCUCGAAGGUGCCGCAGGGUGCAGCCGACAAGAUCCUCGGCAUCGCACAGGCCUUCCAGCGCGACGAGCGGGCGGACAAGGUCAACCUCGUCGUCGGCGCAUACCGCGACGGCGGCGGGUCUCCGUGGGUGUUGCCGACGGUCCGCGAGGCCGAGCAGCGGCUGAUCGCGCGCGGGCAGAACAAGGAGUACGCGAGCAUCGUCGGCGUGCCCGCCUUCCUGGACCGCGCGCUCGAGUUUGCGUACGGGCCCGGCUGCACGGCGCUGAGCGAGGGCCGCGUUGCGGCGGUCCAGACGCUGUCGGGCACCGGCGCGUGCCGCCUGGCGGCGGACUUUUACGCGCGCUUUCUCCCGCCGGGCACCGCCGCCUACGUGUCGGAGCCCACCUGGCCCAACCACAUCCCCAUCUUUGAGACUGCGGGCCUCGAGGUGCGCAAGUACCGCUACCUCGGCGCCGACGGCCGGUUCGACGUGGAGGGUAUGCUGGAGGACAUCGGGCAGGCGCCGGCCGGCUCGGUCUUUGUGCUCCACGCGUGCGCGCACAACCCGACCGGCGUUGACCCCACCGCCGCCGACUGGAAGCGCAUCUCCGACGCGCUGCUUGCGGCCGGCCAGCACAUCCUCGUCGACAUGGCGUACCAGGGCUUCGCGUCCGGGGACGCGCGGCGGGACGCGGCGGCGCUCUCCCUCCUCGCCGAGGCGGGCCACUCGCUCGCCCUCGCGCAGUCCUUCGCGAAGAACUUUGGGCUCUACGGCGAGCGAGUUGGCUCCCUCUCGCUGGUGUGCGCCGACGCGGCCGAGGCGUCGCGCGUCGAGUCGCAGCUCAAACUGCUGAUCCGUCCGAUGUACUCCUCGCCGCCCAUCCACGGCGCGCUGCUCGUCAACGAGGUGCUCUCCGACGCGGCGUUGCGCGCCCAGUACGACGACGAGUGCGCGUCGAUGGCGCGGCGCAUCAGCGACAUGCGCGCGCUGCUCGUCGCGGAGCUCAGCGCGGCGGGGUCGCAGCGGGACUGGAGCCACGUGACGGACCAGAUUGGCAUGUUCGCGUACACCGGCCUCACCGCCGCACAGUGUGACGCGCUGAUGGAGGAGCAUGCGGUCUACCUCACCCGCGACGGGCGCAUUUCGAUGGCGGGCGUCAACGAGCAGAACGCCGGUGUCAUCGCCGCGGCGAUCGUCGCCGUCGCGGGCUGAGCUGAGCUGCCUCGAGGGCGAGGCCGUCGUUCUCUCCUCGAUCGCCCAUCCGAUCGGCUAGGAGCUUCUGGCGGCCAGGCACCGUUCAGACCUGCCUCCUACCGGGGGGAUCCACAUCCAGGUGCAGUUUUGCGCGUGGUCCGUGGAAGAGGCUUUCUGUACACACACAGUAUACACAGAGGGUGUUAGAAGGAUGCCGACCGAACGCGAGGUACGUUGUACGUACAGAUGUGCGCGCUCUCUAGCGCGCUAUCCACGGCUCGCCGACUAGAGGCGAUGCCUCACUCGCACUGCGAGCUCCUGCGUCGUACACCUCGCACACUCUCACACUGUGCUCGCGAUCCUCGAAGGGUUGCCCAGCACGCAUUCUGCAACAAGCGGGAAUCGCCGAUCGUGUCUAGUAGUGGUCAAAACUCCACUCUCGCUGCUGCUGCUGCCUGCCCGCCUCGCGGCGAGAGGCGAGGCGAUUAGGCGAGCUCGGGCGCGAGGAUGGAGACGGGCGAAACGGGCGAGGGCUGCAGCGCCAGAGGCGGCGGCUUGGACACCCGGUUGGUCAAGUCGGCGAGAAUCUUGUCGGAGGCCGCGAUGGAUGGGGGUGCGACCUCGGAGUAGCUCUUGACGACCGGCGGCAAGCAGAAGACAAAGUCGCGAAUGGCCCGCACGCUUCCAAAGGCACGCCAGUCGCGCGUGAGCACGCGGCAGCCGGCGGCACGUUGAUCGCCGGCCAACUGCCGCAGCCCGACCUCGACGCCGCGCAGUUCCUCGAGAGGGCGGCGCGGUGCCGGCGUGCGAGCUAGGCGCAUCUCGGCGGGCACAUCC